CCUGGGGUCUGAGAUGGGAUUUCUGGGCAUAGUUGUGCUCUGCAGGGAGCCCAGGUCAGGUUUGGAGAGUCGCUGCCAGGGAUCCUGCAGCACCCGCCCCACCACUGCUCUCCUCCAGCCCCCAGUUCCAGCACCUUGGCCCAAGUCAGGCUUCCUUUGAGAAACCCAGUGGCCCCUUCCUGCCACCUCUAAAUCUCUGCUCAAAGCAUCUUUGUUUGAGGCUGGUCCUGUAAAGCCACAGCCCCGCCUUGGCCCUGUUAAUCACUCCCUGGCUAAGCCUUGCUCUCUCCUGGACCUUUAAGACCCUGGGCCCCUCCCCCAAUCCCAGUCAGCAGAGAGGGCACCAGGCUGUGAGGACGUGGUCACCUGGGGCCUGGGCAGAAAGAAGGGUAUAAUGCCUGGACCACGGGGAUCAGUCCAAGACCCACCAGGAACUGAAGGACCACAGAGUGGGUGAGGAGGUGGGGUGGGGAUUGGUGCCCUGGGCCAGGACCCUCCUCUCUUCUCCCUGCUGGCUCCAGACCAGCGUCCAUGUCCUGAGCAGUGCCACCCUUACCUAGCCCAGCUCUGAAGACAAAAUGAGGGUGGCUUCCUGUCUCCAAGUCCCGCUCCUUUUGGUGCUGGGAUUUGCUGGGACUCGGGGAAAGAAGUCAGCAGCCUGUGGGCAGCCCCGCGUGUCCAGUCGGAUCGUGGGGGGCCGGGAUGCCCAGGACGGAGAAUGGCCGUGGCAGGCGAGCAUCCAGCACCGUGGGGCACACGUGUGCGGGGGGUCGCUCAUCGCCCCCCAGUGGGUGCUGACGGCAGCACACUGCUUCCCCAGGAGGGCACUGCCAGCUGAGUAUCGCGUGCGCCUAGGGGCGCUGCAUCUGGGCCCCACCUCUCCCCACACGCUCUCAGUGCCCAUUCGACGGGUGCUGCUGCCCCCAGACUACUCCGAGGAUGGGGCCCGCGGCGACCUGGCACUGCUGCAGCUGUGUCGCCUGGUGCCCCUGAGUGCCCGCGUCCAGCCCGUCUGCCUUCCCGUGCCCAGCGCCCCCCUGCGGCCUGGCACAAUGUGCUGGGUCACUGGCUGGGGCAGCCUCCACCCAGGAGUGCCCCUCCCAGAGUGGCGACCACUGCAGAAAGUAAGGGUGCCGCUGCUGGACUCUCGAACCUGCGACCGCCUCUACCACGUGGGCACUGACAUGUCCCAGGCCAAGCGCAUUGUGCCGCCCGGGAGCCUGUGUGCCGGCUACUCCCAGGGCCACAAGGACGCCUGCCAGGGUGAUUCUGGAGGACCCCUGACCUGCCUGCAGUCUGGGAGCUGGGUUCUGGUAGGCGUGGUGAGCUGGGGCAAGGGUUGUGCCCUGCCCAACCGUCCAGGUGUCUACACCAACGUGGCCACAUAUAGCCCCUGGAUUCAGGCUCACAUAAGCAUCUAAUGCGGCUCAUGAGGCUGACCUGGAGCCAGCUCCUGGGGUCCCUCAGCCUCCUGGUUCAUUCGGGACCCUCCCAUACCACAGAUCCCUAAUAAAGCUAAGGCCGCCCCGCCCCCCUGCCCACCACCUCCUGCCUCCUCUUCUUUUUGGGGCCCAUCAGAUCUGAUUACACCAACCCUCAUCAAGGGAUCUGCCAUGCGUCCUGGGGGUCACACUUCUCGCUCCCUUCCUGGCUUGCAUUUAGUUUUCUUAGCCCUGGCCAAGGCUGGGCACAAGGCAUGCAGCAGUGGGCAAACCAAUUCCUACCCAUCUGGCCUGUGCGCCCAUCUUUUUCUGGAGAAAGUCUGAUUGACAGCAUGACAGAGAUUUGACACCAGGGAGAUUCUUUACAGCUGGCUUUGAAGACGGGGGACCACAGCCUGUGAGCAGCCUCUAGGAGCUGAGAGCAGCCUCUGCCAACAGCCGGCAGGGAAUCGGAACCCUCAGACCCACAGCCGCAAGGCACCAGAUUCUGGCAGCACCCUGAAGGAGUUGGGAAGUGAGUUCUUCCCCAGCCUCCAGAUAAGAGCCCCGCCGGCCAAUCCCUUCAUUUCAACCUAAUGAGACCCUUGGCAGAGAACCUAGCUGAGCCACCUGGACUCCUGACGUACAGAGUUGUGACCUAAUAAAGAUGUGUUUUAAGCUGC